AUGUCGACCCGAAGUGUCAAAGUCGCAGUCACCCAGGCCGAGCCGGUAUGGAUUGACCUGCCAGCUGCUGUUGAGAAGACGUGUGCGCUGAUGAAGGAGGCCGCUUCGAACGGCGCCCAACUCGUUGCAUUCCCCGAGUGCUGGAUCCCUGGUUAUCCAGUGUGGAUCUGGACUCGUCUUAUCGACUUCGACCUCAACGUGCGUUACAUCAAGAACUCUCUACAGCUGGACUCUCCCGAAAUGGCCGCCAUCCAAGCCUGCGCCAAAGACAACAGUAUUGCUGUUUCCUUCGGGUUCUCCGAAAACGACAACAACUCACUCUUCAUCGCACAAGCCCUGAUCGGUCAAGAUGGUGAGAUUAAAGUGCACCGUCGGAAAAUGAAGCCGACGCAUAUGGAGCGAACCAUCUUUGGCGAUGCUUCUGGCCACUGCUUGAGAAGCGUGGGUGACCUCUCCUUUGCCCGGGUUGGUUCUCUGGCAUGCUGGGAGCACAUUCAACCCCUUCUGAAGUACAACACCAUCGCCCAGCAAGAGGAAAUUCACGUAGCAGCGUGGCCGAGCGUUACACCCCAUUCUGGUACUGGCCCAGACAUGUGGUCGAUGAGUGCGGAAGGUUGUCAAACGCUCUCUCGUACUUAUGCUAUUGAAUCAAGCGCGUUUGUUCUUCACUGCACUGCUUUGAUCACCAAUGGAGGAAUUGAGACACAUGACAGCUCCCGUGGCCUCAUGAUGUGUAACCCCGGCGGAGGUACUUCAGCCAUCUUUGGCCCGGACGGUCGCCGUCUCACGGAACCUGUGGAUGAGACGACGGAAACUAUCAUCUACGCCGAUUUGGAUAUGGAUUCAAUCAAUAGAGCGAAGAUGUUCGUAGACUGCACAGGCCACUACAGUAGACCCGAUCUUCUGAGCCUCAACGUCGACACGAAGAUUCAUGCCGUAGUGAGAUCGGAUAGGAGCAUCGAGAAGCAAUCAAGGGAGGAAGUCAUGCCUCCCCUCUGA